CCCCAAGAAAAAAAAAAACAAUAUAUAAAAAUUUUAACAUACCCCAAAAAUUGCCGUUUUCUCCCGGAAAUCGCUCGACCAGGAAGAGAAAGGGACAGCACGAGCACCGGACCCAGCGCCCCAUCCCUUUCUCGCGCCCGUUCCCAUGAGCGAGUGCGAGCGGGACACCGCCAGCGCUGCAGCGCCCACAAGCAACCAACAUAAUGGAGAUGAAGAUAACGAAGACGCCGGCAGCGAAGCGGCAGAAUUUCUACCGCCACCGCAGUCGCAGUCGCAGCCACCGCCCCUCGAACCGAUCAAACAGCGCCGCCCGAAGCAGAGCCAACCGACGGACGAAGCGCCACCCGAAGUGUCACCGCCUCUGCCUCCGCCGCCUACCAACGAAGACGAGAUGCCCCCGCCGCCCCCGCGAAUCGGCAGCAGUCAAGCGGGCAGCAGCGUGCUGAUAAUGACGCCCGAUCAAAUCAUCGAAGCCUACGAACGCGCCCUGCAGGAGGGGCAAGCGAUCGAGGGAGAAGGCGAUGGAGAGAAGAGCGGCUGGCUGAGCAGGCCGAUCAGUGUGAAAUCGACGCUGAAAGCGGUACGCGACGGCCUGUUGUACGUGGUCGGCGGUUUCCUGCGAUUCGUUCGACGUCUAGACAUGCACGGCGGCGGUACGGGCAACAACAUCAACUUUGUCGAGGGUCUGAUUGACUUUUUGGCGGGAUCCCUGGGCGGAGCGGCCCAGGUGUAUGUGUCCCAGCCCCUCGACACCGUUAAGGUCAAGCUGCAGACCUUUCCGGAGGCGUAUCGCGGCAUGUGGGAUUGCUUUGUGAGCACAUAUCGCAAGGAUGGCGUCCUCCAUGGCUUGUACGCCGGUUCCGUUCCGGCCGUAUUCGCCAAUGUGGCCGAAAACUCGGUGCUAUUUGCCGCCUACGGUGGAUGCCAGAAAUUCGUUGCCUUCUGCGUUGGCAAGGAGACAUCGGGCGAACUGACCACCGUUCAGAAUGCCUGCGCCGGUUCCCUGGCCGCCUGCUUCUCCACACUGACCCUCUGCCCCACGGAGCUGAUCAAGUGCAAGCUGCAGGCGCUGCGCGAGAUGAAGCACUUCGUUGAACCGGCUCAUCCGCAGGACAUACGAACGCCCUGGACACUGACGCGCUACAUCUGGCGGACCGAGGGCAUCAAAGGCUUCUAUCGGGGAUUGAGCUCGACUUUCCUGCGCGAGAUGCCCGGUUACUUCUUCUUCUUCGGUAGCUACGAGGGAACCCGCGAAUUACUUCGCCGCGAUGAUCAAUCCAAAGAUGACAUUGGACCACUGCGUACGAUGAUCGCCGGCGCCAUUGGAGGUGUGUGUCUGUGGACGUCGACGUUUCCCGCUGACGUGAUCAAGAGCCGAAUCCAGGUGAAGAACCUCAACGAGAGCAUGUUCGCCGUGGGAGCAGACAUAGUGCGCCGCGAAGGUGUCCUGGCACUCUAUCGCGGUCUGCUGCCAUCUGUCCUGCGCACCAUUCCAGCCACGGCCACGCUGUUUGUGGUCUACGAGUACACCAAGCGAGCCCUGAGCGCCACCCUCUGACGACGCCUUCUACCAUCAUCCAAAAUGGACCGCGACGUACGGUGCGGUCCGGUCCGAUUGCGGGAAUCCGGGAGCAAGACGCUGUGCUAGUAGUUGUGGGCCGCGGGCGGUCAUUAUUAAAUAUUCGAUAAUUAUUCCUUUUUUUUCUAGAUAAUUAAUAGAUCGUAGUGUUGUGCCUGUACAAUGUUCAGAUAAUGCUAAUGACUGAGUAAUAUCAAA